GCCGCGGCGGGCGAGGCUCCGCCCGGCUCCUGGGGCCCGCAGCCGGCCGGCGCCCACCCUGCGGCGGGCUCCUGCUCGCCCGGACUAUGAGGAGCGGGACCAGGCGGGGGGCGGCGGCAGCGGCAGCGGCCCCGGUGCGGCGGGAGCGGGAGCGGGGGCGCCGCCGCCGCCGGCCGGGUCAUGCCCGUGCGCCCGGGGCGGCGAGGCUGCGGGCUGCGGCGGGAUGGGCGCGCUCCGGGCCGGCGCCCUCGCCUUCCUCCUCCUCCUCCUCCUCAGCUGCCUCCUGCCCCGGCGCGGCCCGCUCAGGCUGGUCUCAGGGCGGGAGGAAAUCAAAGCUGCUUCCCGAAGCUCACCCCAGCCCAUGUCGCCCUCUGAUUUCCUGGACAAGCUUAUGGGACGAACGUCAGGGUAUGAUGCCCGGAUUCGACCCAACUUCAAAGGUCCGCCCGUCAACGUGACGUGCAACAUCUUCAUCAACAGCUUCGGCUCCGUCACCGAGACCACCAUGGACUACCGGGUGAACGUGUUCCUGCGGCAGCAGUGGAAUGACCCCCGCCUGGCUUACCGCGAGUACCCCGACGACUCCCUGGACCUCGACCCCUCCAUGCUCGACUCCAUCUGGAAGCCAGACUUGUUCUUUGCCAAUGAGAAAGGGGCCAAUUUCCACGAGGUCACCACCGACAACAAGCUGCUGCGCAUCUUCAAGAACGGCAACGUGCUCUACAGCAUUAGGUUGACGCUGAUCCUAUCCUGCCCCAUGGACCUCAAGAACUUUCCCAUGGACAUCCAGACAUGCACCAUGCAGUUGGAGAGCUUUGGCUACACCAUGAACGACCUCAUCUUCAAGUGGUUGGAGGAGCAGGAGGCUGUGCAGGUGGCAGAGGGCUUGACACUCCCGCAGUUCAUCCUCAGGGAUGAGAAGGACCUGGGCUAUUGCACCAAGUACUACAACACAGGCAAGUUCACCUGCAUCGAGGUGAAGUUCCACCUGGAGAGACAGAUGGGUUACUACCUGAUCCAGAUGUACAUCCCCAGCCUGCUCAUCGUCAUCCUCUCCUGGGUCUCCUUUUGGAUCAACAUGGAUGCGGCACCGGCCCGGGUGGGCUUGGGCAUCACCACCGUGCUCACCAUGACCACGCAGAGCGCUGGCUCCCGUGCCUCCCUGCCCAAGGUCUCCUACGUGAAGGCCAUUGACAUCUGGAUGGCCAUUUGCCUGCUCUUUGUCUUCGCUGCCCUGUUGGAGUACGCAGCCGUCAACUUCGUCUCCCGGCAGCACAAGGAGUUCAUGCGCCUGCGCCGGCGCCAGCGGCGGCAGAGAAUGAUCCUGAGCAGCGGGACAGGCAGCCUGGAGUCCCUGCGGCAGCCGAGCGGCCGGCACGGCGGCGAGCACACCUACGCGACACUCUCGCAGAUCUCCAGCUCCAGGGAGGAAGAGCUUGUCCGUGAGAGCCGCUUUUACCUGCGAGGCUAUGGGCUGAGCCACUGCCUGCAGCCAAAGGAUGGGGCUGGGGAGGGCCCCGGCAUCUACAGCCCCCCUCAAGCUGGGAUGCUGCUGCGGGAAGGGGAGAGCCUCCACCGGCGCUACAUCGACAGGGCCAAGCGCAUCGACACCAUCUCCAGAGCCGUCUUCCCCUUCACCUUCCUGGUCUUCAAUAUCUUCUACUGGGUCGUCUACAAAGUGCUGCGCUCAGAGGACAUCCACUCGGUUCCCUGAGGGCUGGAAAAGCAGGACUGCCCCUCCGUCUGCCCCCCGCAGUGCGCCUGGAUGCCACGAGCUCAGCCAGAACCACCUUUCCCUCUGUCCUGGAGCAGCGGCACAGCCGGGCUCGGCCUCGGAGCCUGGACGUGUGGCAGCACUCAUGUCCCUUUGGAUGCUGGGGCACUGAGGAGUGGGGGACAGCAACCCCAGGUUGGAAAGAGGGACCCCUCCUGCCUCCUUCAUGGCAUCAACUCUGGGCACCCAGGGAUGCUGUGCUGCUGGGGAGCCCCAGGUACCCAUGGAUGCUGUGCUGCUAUGGUACAGGGGGGCUCCUGAUACUUUGGGGUGCUGCACAGCUGGUGGCCAGCGAACACCACCUUCCAAUCAAACACCCUUCACCUCUUCCGUGUCAGGCUGCUUCUUCUCCAGGCUGCAUCACUGAGCCAUGGGCCACAAGCAGCCAGACGAGAAGCUGAAGUUCUCUAUGGCUUGCAGGAAAAGCAAGCAGCACCCCUGUCUGCACCUGAACUGUGUGUGGUGCUGGCUAUGGCCCCAUAGCCCCCAGCCCACCAACAGACAGGCCCCCAACCAGCCUCAGCCACAGCAAAGCAGUGGGUCAGGGAUGCUUCCUUCCCUGCAGAGCACAGAGCUGCCCAUGGUGCCCAUGGCUGCGGCAGGGCUGUGGCACGGACACUGAGCAGGAGGCUCUGUUUCUGCUGGGAAACAGCCCUGUGUCAGCAGUAGGUGAGCCCAGACUUGCUGAUGGUGAAGGGGCACAGACAGCCAUUGCAGCUGCCGACAGGUGCCACCUGGCACCAGGGAGCUGGCACUGCACUACCUGCAGGGUAUGGCCCACAGCCCAUCUUCUGAUGAUGGGAUGAAAGCAGUGGGGGCAGCUGGGCCAGUGCUUUUGGAGGAACAGUGAGUGGUGGCAUCCCCAGACCGCUGCAUUCCCGCAGCCCUACAGUGCCAGCAGAGCGCCAGAGGUGAAAACCGCCCCGUUCCCCAGCUUCCUCCACACCCUGGUGCUCAGGCGCUGCAUUCCCGGGGCAGGUUCACCCCUGCUGCUCCUCCACUGGAGAGGAGAGCAUCCAAAACCUCGACAGGACAAGCUCAGCAAGGCUUCCAGCCCUCCAGACCUGGAUAUCCUCCAUGCUUAGCAGGAAAUAAAAGCAGUAGGUGAUGUUUA